GGUAUAAAUAGAGGCCUCGGUUUGAUAGUUUUCGCUUUGUCGGGAGCUGUGCACAAGUCAGCAAUCUCCACAUCAGAAAAUGCGUAUAUUCCUAAAACAUUUCUUCCUUGUUGUCUGCCUACUUGCGGAUGGUAGUUUUGGUGGCAGAGGAAAAGGAUUAUCAUGGAAUGGUAGAGGAUAUGGCGGCGGAUAUGGUACCAAAUAUGGUACCAAAUAUGGCGGCGGAUAUGGUGGCGGAUAUGGCGGCGGAUAUGGUGGCGGGUAUGGCGGCGGGUAUGGCGGCGGAUAUGGUGGCGGGUAUGGCGGCGGGUAUGGCGGCGGAUAUGGCGGUGGAUAUGGUGGCGGGUAUGGCGGCGGGUAUGGCGGUGGGUAUGGCGGCGGAUAUGGCGGCGGGUAUGGCGGCGGAUAUGGUGGCGGGUAUGGCGGCGGAUAUGGUGGCGGGUAUGGCGGCGGAUAUGGUACCAAAUAUGGCGGCGGAUAUGGUGCCGGGUAUGGCGUCGGAUAUGGUACCAAAUAUGGCGGCGGAUAUUAAUACAGAGAACGCGGUUGAUAUGACGGAAAAGGUCUAUUAAACGAGGAAGGACACGAACAAUAAGAUGAAUACGAGACUCCUAUUUUAUGUUUUAAUUAUUCUCAAUAAAUGAUUUCAUUUGCA